AUGAGGAGAAUCAUGUUUUCCUUCCUCUGCUUACUGAUGCAUAUGCUUCAGGAUGAGACAACUUCGCUUUUAGUUUUGGAAAACCAAGACCUGCAAGAUUCGAUUAAGCCACAGAAGGUAGAGUUCCAUUCGUUAAAUUUCAACACCACUUUGCAUUGGCAGCCUGGGUGGGCCAGAGAGGCGAGAGAUGCGCUCUACUUUGUGCAGUACAAAGUGUAUGGGCAGAGUACGUGGCAAAACAAAGAUGAGUGCUGGGGGAUUUCAAGCCGUGUCUGUGACCUAACACAUGAGACCUCUGACAUCCAGGAGCCUUACUACAGCAGAGUGAGAGCAGCCCUGGCUGGUGUCUACUCCAACUGGAGCCUCAGCUGCAGAUUCACUCCUUGGAGAGAAACUAUGAUAGGACCUCCACUGGUAACUGUGCUUCAUAGCAACAAAUCCAUAACAGUAAAGCUCCAGGCUCCACGUUCUCCUUAUAGAAGGAAGAGAGGCAGCAAAAUACCAAUGACAAGUUAUUAUGAUUUGCUGUUUCAAGUCUUCAUAAUUAACAACUUGCUAGAUGAGCAAAACAGGGUCCUGGUGUAUGAAGGGAAAGACAAGGUUAUUAAAAUAGAAGAUUUGAGACCUGGAGUCAGCUACUGCAUCGUGGCUAAAAUGUACAUGCCAAUGCUGGACCACAGCAGUGCCUACAGCAGCAGGCAGUGUACUGUGCUGCAGUGACAGGGCAGGCACCACUGAGACAGGGAUAAUGGCAGAAGAUGCCUUCCACCACAGGUCCAGCUGUAAAUCAACAUCUGCUGUCUAUGUCUGGAAUACAAACUUGGAUACUUUUUAAACUAACCUUUACUGCAUUAAAUUAUUUGAUUAUUUGAUCACAAUCCUUUUAUGCUACAUGAAGGUCAGGAAGUCUUUGUAUGUCCUGUAUUGCAAUUUAUGAUGAUAUAUAUUUGCAUUUUCAAAGGUAACACACUUGUAAUACAAAAAUAAAACCAUGAAGAAAGUC